UAGUCGAGGCAAGACAGGUGUAGACGAAAUCCAAUGGCGAGUUAAAUCUAAAAAAGUGAGCGAAGCAGUUCAAAAGUCAGAACACAACAACAAUGAAUGCACUUGAUGUUAACGAAGCCAGGAAACGGUUGGUGGAUGUUUUGGGAGAUUCUUCUAAGAAUUAUUUUGCCCACCUGAAAUCGUGGUUUUGUAUGAGGACAAGCAAAGAAGAGUUUGAUCGCCAAGCCAGAUUGUACCUGAAAGUAGACCAAGUUCAUCUUCACAAUGAGUUUCUUUUGGCCAUUGUUACAAAAUGUCAAAGCUUGUGCCAGCCUUCAACCUAUGUCUAUCAUGGUGUGAAGCAAAAGCCAAUUGUUGUCACUGAAGUGAACAAAAUCAGACCACAUACCAUUCCUCUACAGAAACGUAAUUCUGUUGAAAUCAAACCGAUCACUGUGACAAGACAAGUUUACCCAAAGAACAAGCCUCUCACUGUCAACUUUGAUAAUCGAUUCCAACCAGUGAAUCCAGUUUCUCUGUUACCAUUUUCUGCUCCUUGCACUGUAGAGAAACCACAGCUUCGUUACUGCAGCCAGGAUCUAAUUUUACCUGACGCUGGACUCGUUCACGGUCGAAUGCUAGUAGCAGCUUGGGAUGCUGGUUUGGAUCAUGGUUGUGAAGACAAAGCCAUCAAACUGAUACUGGCAGCUACCAAGCAAUUUCUUAAAGAACUGAUAAUUGCUAUCAUAACAAACCGGAAAGGGUACCGCCUUCGAGAGAACAAAGUCAUCUAUUCGGUUGGCCAACCUACAAUUAAUCCGUGGCUACACAAUUCAUGGUCCAUCCAAGACAGUACCAGUAACAGUUAUCUGACCGAAAUUUCGCAAGCUGCGGAACCACCUCACGUUCCUGCCAUACCCCAAACAUCUCAGAAAGCAGAGCGGGAUUCCGCAUUCUACCUAGCGUGCACUACCGAACAAGUUACCGCACUUCAACCGAUUUCCGUUCUUGACGUUUUUCAAACUUUACAAGUUAAAAAGGGCGUCAUUCCCUGGCACACAGUGCACGCCGUCAAUAUGGAACGCAUUUCACAGCGCCUCUAUCACCCCAAUUAAACUCGAAUCUACUUGCUUAAAGAAAUUAUAACGAUUAAAAAAAAAGAUGUUUGUAUUGUCGACGAGGAGGCCAUGAGAAGUCAAGAAUGCCAGGAAACUUUUUUAUACCAAGAAAUUGCAUUUUUUUUUCCUCAAAAUUCUCCUAUAAAGUACACACCUCAAAACUG